GGUCAAGUUGGAUGCUGAUCACUUAGAGAUGCUUAACGUGAUCUCCAUUCUUACCAUUGGUUUUGUUUUGCUAGUGAUGGUGAGCCUCUUACGACGAAAGAAAGUUAACAAUUACCAUUUACCACCUGGGCCAAAGCGAAAUCUUAUCUUUGGUAAUCUGAUGGAUUUAAUUUACUCUUCAGUGAUUACUGGUGAACCAUCGAUCCUCAAGUUUGCCAAAUGGUCUUUUCAGUACGGACCAAUAUGCUACUUGCGAUUUUUCAGACAACGUGUCGUUGUCAUUUCAGAUGCUCGAGUAGCUCAACAAUUAUGCAUUGGGCAAUCAGAUAAGUUCAGUACUCGGCCACCAGGAUUGUUUUUGUCCCGAGUAUUAAAGGGCAAAGGCAUCGUGUUUAAUGACGGACCAUCGUGGAAAGAACAUCGUAAUUUUAUCACACACGAAUUUCGAAAGUUUGGAUUUGGAAACCAAUCAAUCGAGCAAAAAAUUCAAUACGUGGUUGACGAAUACCUUCAUCAGCUUAGCAAAACCAAUGGCAGGGCGCACGAUCCGCAUGCGAAUAUCGCAACAGCCAUUUAUAACGUGAUCUGGACGACCAUUAGCGGAGAAAAAUUCAAUUGGGACGAUCCAUUUCUGCAUAAAAUAAUUGCCAAUCUGGAAACUAAUCUACAAGCUGUCGAACUUACAGGACCCCACAACUACGUAACUCUUCUCAGCAUUUGGCAUUUGAUUUGGCACAAUGCGUUCCGAUUGCUGUGCAUCGUUACGAAGAGAAUGUUUUACUUCAAAGAAUUAAUUUGCAAGUACAAAAAGCAUCGGAAAGAAACUACAACUUCGGACGUGGACGAAUCAAUGAUGUACGACUACUUGGUUAAGAUGCAAGGAUCGAAAACUAAUGGCCGAUUGACCCAUUUUUCCGAAUCGCAAUUACUCUGGCUCGUAUCGGAUCUAUUUAUUGCUGGUGGUGAGACAACUGUUACCAGUUUUCGCUGGGUCUUACUUUGUUUAGCGAAAUUUCCAGAAGUCCAGCAGCGUUUGCGACACGAAAUUAUAGAGAACUUUGGUCUUGAAUCAUCGCCAUCAUACUCACAGCGAACGCAGUUACCUUACUUGGAGGCAUUUAUUCAUGAGACGCUCCGAUUUAGCUGUUCGGUUCCGGGCAUGUGGCGCAAUACGACGCACGAUGCAAAAUACGAGAAUUACGAUAUACCAAAGAAGACGUGGGUCCUACUCCACUUUUGGGCGAUGAGUAACAACACGGCCCUUUGGAAUGAUGUCCAGGAAUUCAGGCCAGAAAGAUUUUUGAAUAACGAUGGAACGUUUUGCAAAAACGAAAAUUUCCUCGCCUUUUCUGCGGGUAAGAGACAAUGCCCAGGUGAAUCUCUGGCAAAGACGGAACUGUUCCUCUUCACUGUUGGUGUCUUACAAAAGUUCAGAGUGGCACUGCCAGCUGGCCAAGAAAUUGACGUACACGCUGGGCAAUUUGGGGUCACCUACACUCCACCCCAUCACCAUCUCCAGUUUAUUCCUCUUGAAGUGUAGUAAGAAUCAUUUUGGAAAA